AAGAAAUCAAUGGAGUUAAUUGCAUUUCAGAGUCAGUUAAAAACAGGUUAUAUUGCAUUCUUUCAGAACUUCAAUAUCUGCUUGAAUGAUGAGUAUGUCUGCUGGAAUAUUUGAAAAUAAGAAAGAUUUCCUUGGUAUGAAAGCUCUCUUGUUUGCCUUUUUGCUAAUCAGUUUCGUUUCACAAAACGGCUCCACUAUAUUAGCGGCAAAAGGAUAUAUUGCAUCUACAUCGCCUAUAAGACGCUUUCUUGUUUCUUCUGGUUUCGGCAACUUGGUGAGAGAUAGUGGUACCUCGCUUUAUGAUGCAAGUGGCUUCAGAUUCAUAAGCGACCAGGGGACAAAUGUCAGAAAAGCGACUAUGAAGAAUUACACUCUGGUUGAGGUUGAGUCGGAUGGAUCUUUCAUGGAAAGAAAGGGUGAAAAUUUGGCCUUCAGCAAAGGAAUGUUGGACGAAAGGCGUAUCAACUCGGAGCGUUUAUUUGGCGUUUUGAAUAAAAUGGAUAAGAACACGUGCAUUUCUAAGUUGCUGUGUGAAAUUGGUGCCAAUCCAGCAUCCUUCGGAGCUGUAGGAUUCAAGAUUAAUACUUAUAUUACAUCUGUGCCUCCGGUGACAUGGAACAGUGCAACUUUUCCAUACAUAGAAGCAUUUCAAGCAGGUUCUACUGAAGGAGUUAACGUAUGCCGACAUUACUCGGACUGUAUUUACGAUCUUCAUCGGAUUGUGUAUUUUCUAUGGAGUAUUAUUAAUCCUAUUCAUGUUUGAGUGCUGCUCUAUGACGAUUUCUUGUAUUCCAUUUUGGCUUCGAGGAAGAAACUGCCUACAAUUUUUGGGCACUAAACAAACUUUACUUUUAAAGUAGCUAUGUAAAAUAAAGAAUUUUUUAACCUUAAUGUGCUGUAUGUACUGAAAUUAUCUUGAAUAUUUUGUAGGUUUUAUAUUAAUGUAUGAUCUUGAUAUUGUAAACUGAACUAAGUUUGUGAAUAAACCAAGGCUUCUCGUGCAA